AUGAAGAUCCCAUUCCUCCCACUUUCGCUAUGUGCAGUGGCUCUUGCUUUUCCUGCGGACAAACACAUCGCCGCUCGACAGGUCACAGCAGACAACAUCGUCAACGGCAUCGAGCGCAACGGGAACAUCCUGAGCCAACUUGCCGCGGUCCAGACGAAUGCUGACAAGGUCACUGGUACUCUCUUUAUCGCAGGGCGGUUGAAGGAAGUCAGAGAUGGCCUCAGUCCCGUAGGACAAUCAAUCAAUGCCCUCGAUCGGGCCUUGCCUGCGGGAUCUUUCUCCGCCAAGGACGGGGAGAAAGUCCGCGUCAGCCUCAGGAAGCUGGUCGCAGCCAAUGACAAGCUGUUCAGUACACUUAUCGAGAAGGCUACGUUAGCCAAUGUGAUACCAUCUAUCGGUUCUCCGACUCUGACAAAGGCCUUCACUGAUUACCGCGAUCUCUAUAAAGUAUUCUUGUAUAGAGUGGCUGACCUACUGCCACCGAAGGAGAAAGGUGAGACCAUCGAUGAUGCAGUCGCUACUGAGAGGCUCAUCAAUUCUGCUAUCACCAAUUACAAUGGGCUGGGUUAG